GCGCCGGGGGCACGCCGCGGUGUCCCUGGAUACCACCGACGCGCUCCUCCACCCUGGAUCGGGAGCGACUCGCUCCGAGGCGACCGCGGGACCAAUUGGCACUUCAGUCCGGUCUGCCCCCGCGACCCGCGGGACGACGACGACGAUGCUGAUGGUGGUGGUGUUGGUGGUGGUGUUGGUGGCGGCGGUGUGGAUUAAACGGAGUGGAGUCGAGCAGGGUGGAUUCCUUCUGCGCCAUGAAUGACAGGUACCACAAGGCGGCCCGGGACGGCCACCUGGACCUGCUGAAGGAGGCGACUCGGAAGGAUCUCAACGCCCCGGACGAGGAUGGCAUGACACCGACGUUGUGGGCGGCUUUCCACGGCAACCUGGAGGCUCUGCGGCUGAUCGCGGCGAGGGGAGGAAACCCUGACAAGUGUGACAUAUGGGGGAACACACCACUCCACCUGGCAGCUGCCAAUGGUCACCUCAACUGCCUCUUCUUUCUGGUGUCUUUCGGUGCCAACAUUUGGUGCCUCGACAACGACUACCACACGCCACUGGACAUGGCCGCCACAAAGAAUCACAUGAAUUGCGUCCGCUACCUGGAUACCAUCGCCACCAAGCAGACGGGCCUCAACACGAAGCUGGUCGGCAAGAUGAAGGACAGGGCCUUUCGCGAUGCCGAGCGGCGGAUCAAGGAGUGUGUGAAGAUGCAGAAGAAACACCACAAACGCAUGGAGCGGAGGUUUCAUAAGGAGACUUCUGAGGCGUCCGCAUCAGACGUCAUGAGCUUUUCCAGUUACACCAGCAGCUCUAUCAGCCACAGGCUGCACAACUUUAAUGCAGCUACAGUCAGUGUGCCAUAUUCUCAGGCUACUCUACAUGCCACAAACCGAGGGAAGACAAAGAUUCAGAGGAAGCUGGAGAAGAAGAAGCAGGGAGACGGGACAUUUAAAAUCUACGAGGACGGGAGGAAGAGUGUGCGCUCCCUCUCAGGCCUUCAGCUGGGCAACGAUGUCAUGUUUGUCAAACAGGGGACCUACGUCAGCCCAAAAGACCGUGGCCGCCGCAACGUCCGGGAGAUGUUCACCAGAGAUAAUUACGAUGCCAUUUCACGUGCCAUUAGUGAGCCCGACCUCCACGGGGCUGAUGUGGACUACUCUGAGAUCAGCACUGACUCGGGACACGAUUCCCUGUUCAAUAGACCCGGUCUGGGAACCAUGGUCUUCAGAAGGAACUACGUGAGCGGGGGGAUGUUUGACAUGGAGGGUCGGGAUGAGGACAGUGCAGACCGGUCGGGCAACAAUGUGCGUUCGCGCGGCCGGCUGCAGCAAUACCUGAGUGCAGAUGAAGACAGCAUCGGCAGUGCACACAGCCUUCAGGACAGGAAUGUGGAGGAGCUGCCCUGGGAGGAAGUUGAAUUAGGCCUUGACGAUGAUGAUGAGGCUGACACGAGCCCUCUGGAGGUCUUCCUCGCCACACAGGGCAUGACUGACUUCUUCUCAAUUUUCAAGAGGGAAAAGAUUGACCUCGAAGCACUCUUGCUGUGUUCUGAUCACGACCUUAAGAGUAUUCACAUCCCUUUAGGACCAAGGAAAAAGAUCUUAGAUGCCUGCAAGAGACGGAUGGAGACACUAGAGGAGCCAGACUGCGUUGAGGACACAGAACUAUAAUUACAGUUGCUGUAGAUGGCCCCUCCUGCCAUGUGCUCAUCCAGGCUUAAAGGUCAGUGGAGAAUUAUGGAAUGAAUGUCAGCGUUUGGACGAGGGAGGGCGCAGGGAUUUACCUCUCCUGGUGCCUCAGUGGCAACAAAGCAGAAAGGACCCUGUCAUGAGGAAUACAUCAAGCAAGAAGGGUGAAGAAGUGCGAGACAAAUUCCUUACAGGAUCCUUUUAGGGCAUCUUGUUAGCAUCUGUGAAUAUCCCUGUAUGUGGGCUGGUUGAGGUCCAUUGCACUGCAUGUUUAAACAAACUAAAAGGCACAUUUUCACAGUGCAGUGUUCACUGUGUGCAGUUUGGCAAAUUUAACAGAGAACUGAUAGCGGGGUCCAAAUCCUCUGAAUGUGUAGGCCCCUGUGGGGUGAAUCCUACCGCCUCAUGUGCCUGCAUUGCUCGUGCCUGUGCGUUCGCCUAAUGUUGUCUUUUGUCUUAAAUACCUUUUUGACAUUAAUUUGAUUGUAACUUUAUUAUUAACCAUUUCCACUACAAUAGACAGUGCAACAUUUUCACCUUUCUUUAUUUCGUCUAUUUGUAAAUGUUUACAUAUAGCAAGCCAUGUCAGUCCAAGUGUGGCUCACUGGCAAUGCAGGCCAAUUGUUCAUUGAGAUAACUGCUCUAAUUUUAAAAACACUAUAUAUAUAUUAUAAUACACAAUAAAGCAUGUUGCAGUUCUAUAUUUUGCAUGUGCAUUCCAUACAGAUGUAUUAACCUUUGUAUAUCACCUUUGACUUCUUGAUAGUCUUCCAACUGUUUUAUUUUUAAAUGUUUUUAAUUAACAUCUGCACAAAA